AUGACACCAAAGCUUAAGAAACUCUUUUUGGCACAUUCUUUGUCUCUCAACGUUUUUGUCUUUUUUAUUUCUCUCUUUCCUUUUUUCCUUCCUUUCAAACAAAUCUUUAUUUCUUUCCUUGUAAUUGCAACAUUCUUCUCUUCAUUCCAACCCCAUGGUUCUUUCUUCACCUUGCAGUUUCAUAUUUCUUUCUUUCUUUUUUAUUUAUCACCAGCUUCAUCUUGCUUUUGUUGCAAUGUCAUCUAUCUUUCAUUUUUAUCUCACCUUAUUUUGUUGCACCCUCAUCUUUCAUCUUUUCUUUGUAAUCUCAUCAUUUUUCUUCCUUUCCUUGCAACUUCCUUUCCUUGCAGCCUCAUUUUUCUUUUUGAUGUAAUCUCACUCUUUCUUGAUUUCUUUCUUUCUUUCUUUGUAACCGCAUCUUUCUUUUUUUCUUUCUUUCUUACCUUAUCUUUCUUUUUUCUUUCCUUGCAUCUUUCUUUUUUCCUCUUCUCUUUCUUUUCAGCUGCAUAUUUCUUUCUUUUUUCUUUCAAGCCCAUCUUUCUUUCUUUCUUUCUUUCUUUCUUUCUUUCUUUCUUUCCAAUCUGUUUAUUUUGUUCUGCUUUUUAG